ACGAGUCCUGGUUCACAUUCCCCCACUGAGGGGUCAUGAGAGCAGAUUCCACAGUGCCUGACUGAGAGGGAGAGGCUGAGUUUGUCCAUCCUCCUUUCAGUCCCUGACAUCAGCUGCUCCUCCUGGCUUGGCUGUAGCAGUGACCUCACAGCCUUGAGAUACUUUAAAGGGAGCUAGUCAAGAGGGUGGGUAAGCUCUGAGUCGAGUCAGAGUUUAGCAAGUGCACCUUUAAUACAUCUGCGCAAUGAUUUGGAGGUCCAGGAAAGGUGCCACAGUUGUUUAAGAAAAGCGGUCUACUUGCAGUGUUGGUCGGUCAGUAUUUGGGGGGCUAACUUCUGGGAUAUGAUCCAUUAGUCUGUUUUGCAAUGCUGCGGCAUUGCCCUAUUCCCCGUUUCUCAUCGUCUGGUGCUCAGAGAAAGAUGCCAAAUGCUGCCUGUGGGAAAGAAAAGACUCCGCGUGUCCCACCGGAGAGCCAGGCACUCAGCCUGGCAGACGCCAAGGACAUGGCCCCUGAAUCGUUACCCCCUCAGAAAGUACUGAAGAUAUUCAGCAUCAACAUCAUUGCUCAAGGUUUACCGUUCUGUCGUAGACGGAUGAAGAGAAAGUUGGACCAUGGCCCCGAGGUCCGAUCUUUCCCUUCAGGAAAAAAGCCCUGCAAAGGUUCAGAGUACUCGAGCCCAACAGGAAUUGUCCCGUGUCCAGCCACACCCACCACAUUUGGCCACAUCAGAACAGCCAAUGGUCAGGGGCAACAGAGGCGACGAAUCACCUCCAUCCAGCCACCCACAGGUCUUCAGGAAUGGCUCCGAACAUUUCAGAGCUGGACUGGUCCAGAAAAGCUGCUGGCGCUGGAUGAGUUGAUAGACAGCUGCGAGCCCACACAAGUCAAGCAUAUGAUGCAGGUGAUCGAGCCGCAAUUUCAGCGCGACUUCAUCUCCCUGCUGCCCAAAGAGCUGGCUUUGUAUGUGCUGUCAUUCCUGGAACCGAAGGACCUCCUCCAAGCGGCACAGACAUGUCGCUACUGGCGCAUCCUGGCAGAGGACAACUUGCUGUGGAGGGAGAAAUGCAGGGAAGAAGGUAUUGAUGAGCCUCUAUCUUUGAAGAAAAGGAAAAUUGUCAAGCCCGGCUUCACUCACAGCCCCUGGAAGAGUGCCUACAUCAGGCAACACAGAAUAGACACUAACUGGAGGAGAGGGGACCUUAAAUCACCCAAGGUGCUGAAAGGACACGACGACCAUGUGAUCACCUGCCUCCAGUUCUGUGGAAACCGCAUCGUCAGCGGCUCUGACGACAACACGCUGAAAGUCUGGUCAGCCAUCACCGGAAAGUGUCUGCGGACGUUGGUGGGCCACACGGGGGGCGUGUGGUCGUCUCAGAUGCGAGACAACAUCAUCAUCAGCGGCUCCACGGAUCGCACCCUCAAGGUCUGGAAUGCAGAGACGGGAGAAUGUAUCCACACCCUCUACGGGCAUACCUCAACAGUGCGCUGCAUGCACCUACAUGAGAAAAGGGUGGUCAGCGGAUCCCGCGACGCCACGCUUCGCGUCUGGGACAUCGAGACCGGUCAGUGUUUACAUGUCCUCAUGGGCCACGUGGCGGCAGUGCGCUGCGUCCAGUAUGACGGCCGCCGGGUGGUCAGCGGUGCCUACGACUUCAUGGUCAAAGUUUGGGAUCCAGAAACGGAAACCUGCCUGCACACGCUGCAGGGCCACACCAACAGAGUGUACUCUUUACAGUUCGAUGGGAUCCAUGUGGUGAGUGGCUCUCUGGAUACGUCUAUACGAGUCUGGGACGUGGAGACGGGGAACUGCAUCCACACGUUAACGGGACAUCAGUCCCUCACCAGCGGUAUGGAGCUCAAAGACAACAUUCUCGUCUCAGGCAACGCAGACUCCACUGUCAAGAUCUGGGACAUCAAGACAGGACAGUGUCUCCAAACACUGCAAGGUCCCCACAAGCACCAGAGCGCCGUGACGUGCCUCCAGUUCAACAAGAACUUUGUCAUCACCAGCUCGGACGACGGCACCGUCAAGCUGUGGGACCUGAAGACGGGCGAGUUCAUCCGUAACCUGGUCACCCUGGAGAGCGGCGGCAGCGGAGGUGUGGUGUGGCGCAUCCGGGCCUCCAACGUUAAGCUGGUGUGCGCCGUCGGCAGCCGCAACGGCACAGAGGAAACCAAGCUGCUGGUGCUGGACUUUGACGUGGACAUGAAAUGAGACGACGGAGGCGUCGAAGAAGGCCGAAGGUUAGCGAGCGAACCCGGGAGAGGACGGAGUAGAGAGGGGAACGGGAGGCGAGGCGCCCGGGGAAACCACACGGGCGAUACCCAGAACUCUUCAUCUGAACUCACAAAUGUCUGGCCCCCACCGCAACCACAAACAGUGGGCUGUUUCUGUCCUCCAUCGCCAUCACCCAUCUCUCCCACGUUACUGACACAGAUCCUCAUGUAUUCAGCCCCCCCACCCCGCUUUUUGACCCCUCCCCAACCGUGCGAGGCGGAGUCCUAAAGGUUCAGGCUAGAAACGGAGGGCGAAGGGGCACAAGUGGUCCAUUCUCAAGCGACUGGGAGAAAGACGAGAGGAAAAAAAAAAAGGAACGUUAACGACCGACUCCUUUCUGAAGCGACUCCACCGUUUCGGUUCAGGGUCGGCUUUGCACAGAGACUUGGUUUUGCUCAAGCCUGACAGAUUUUGAGAUGUACAGAGAUGUUUUAUUUUUAAAAGUCCCCCACCACGCAUCCCCUACAAACACACACACACCCUCUCUCAUCAGUGUUCACACACACACACAUACACUCAAACGGCCAACCGAAAAGCAGAAAACAUUGACCGUGGGUAAAGAAUAAAGACAGUAGAAGAUGUAAGCGCUGAAGUUUUUCCCCCCCUACACACACACACACACACACACACACACACACACACACACACACACACNCACACACACACACACACACACACACACACACACACACACACACACACACACACACACACACUCAGUUACUCCCAAAGAGCUGCUUGAUGUCGUGGAGAGAAAGGAAGCGUUUGGAGCGUUCAGCCUGUAAUCAGGCUCGUUUCUUGUCACUCCAUUUCUGUUCUUGUUCUCCCCCACUUGGUUUCUGUAGUUUCAUUUCUCCACAGUGCCGCACACAAUAACACAACUGUGAAUUUCAGUACCUUUGUGAUGUGAAAGGUUUUUGUUUUUUUGUUUUUUGUCAUUUUGCAAUUUUUUUUUCAUUUGCGCAAAUCCCAGUAUUAGAGAAACCCAUCCGGUUUAGAUAUGUUGUCGUUUUUUGUUACCUUUUGAGUUGUUUCUUUCUGUUUUCAUCACACCUGGGUUUGGAGCUGUGUCUCCAACAUGAAAAUCAGUGCUGUCCAGAGUCCUUUUGUUUUCUCAAGUCCAGCUCUGAUGGUUUCCCUUCAGCUCCUUUCCCCCUCUACUGUUUUUCCCGAGUGGCCAAACUGAAUUUAUGCUGCUAAAGGAAUCAACAAAAAAAAGAAGAAGACAGAGAGAGAUAGAGAAAGAGAGAGAUGGAACUUUUACUUGCUGUGACGUUUUAGUCCCAGGCGAAAUUCCAAAAUUGAACUCUAUAUGUUUGGACUUAAAAGAAACUAAACAAGGCAAAGAUAACAUCUGACACAUUUGUUUUUGUUUUGUUUCAUUUCGUUUUGUUUUUGUUUUUUUGCCACUGAAACUUGAGCCAAACGUGCCUCUACGAGGCUGAGAGGAGGGGGGCAGCGUGUCUGACAGAUACUGACAUGAUCGCCAGCAGAGAAGGAGAAAUGAGGGGAUGUACACUGUCGGAGUGCGUGUGCAUGUGUGUGUGUGUGUGUUUGUGUGUGUGUGUGUGUGUGAGUGUGUGUGUUUGCGUGUUAACGGGCAACUUGUAAACACAUUCCUUGGGACAACGCUUUUUCAGCCUGUUCUUUGGGGAAAUGUACAAACAUGCUGUGUGGAGAGAGAGAGAAAAAAAACAGCUAAAAGAAAAAAAAAUCAAACUAGCAGAUGUAUCGAUUUUAACACAUGAAUGAAAGAACUGUCCGUAUCCGUGUGUGGUUGUUUUUACUUUUUUUUUUCUUUCCCAUUCGGAGACGUCUGAAGCAACAGAGGAGACCAUCACAAGCAUCAACUGACGGGAGCUGCAGAAAGUCUUAGUGUUACACGUGAUGCAGGUAAAAAUCCCAGAGACCUGCUGCAGCCUUGCUGAGGGGCCGGGGAAAUAAAAACACCAAGGCACCUAAGGCGGACAGAAACAUUGUAGCCAAACAAAAAAAAAAGUCGUCGCAAUCUUCAAGAGUCACAACUCAAGCUGAACUGUGAAAGUGGUAUAACACUGUAUAUUAAAAAAAAGA